UAUCAUCACAGAAAAUGGAUCCUAUCUCGUGUCCGGCAGCAUGGCUUUGCUUACCCAGCAACGAGAAUAGGGUUACCGACAUGAAGAAUUCCCGGAUUGUAGCACGGACAGCAGUGAGAGAGUAAGACAUUCCCUUUCCGUUCAGACGUCGAGAUGUGUAACCGAUUGGGCCACAUCGAUGGGCAGCUUUCAAAGCCUUCAGCCAACCCCUUGACCAGAUCUCUAGCGCACCCCUGUCACUUACCAGCACCCCCUGCCUGCCGCCCCUGGAGCCGCGCGCCACCAAGAGACAGCAGCGCAACAUCGGCCGGGCAUUUUCAAUGUGGAGACGACUGUUUUCGUGAACUUUGGCCCUGACCUCACCCCUCGCCAAACGUCACAUCGCCAGAGGAGCAAAGGGUCCUAGCGCCCACGAAGCCCUCACUGGCUGCCAUGUUGGGCCGUUCUGCCCGUUCCCAACGACACAGGGUGUGAACGCAGUUGCUAGGGGAUGCUGGUCUGGCUGGCCCACGGCCUUGUCGGGGCCAGACUCUCCACCAUGAAGUGACAUGAGUUCUCCUUUGCAUGGGGGGUCAUGGACCCGAUGUUAUGCCCUCAUGUUGGUAUAAACAGAGUCCUGCCCUCGCCUCCGUUCCCGCUCUUCUCUUUCUCGGUCAGUAGUGUUCAAACGUUUUGUGGUGUGGCAUUUCCUUUACCUUACUCUAACCAACAACCGACGGCAAAGUCAUUCGCUUCUUUGCCUCAAGCUUCUUUUCUUUUCCAACCAUCAUUGGAUUUCUUUGUCGACACAAUCGUUCAGACGACAUCAUCAUUUUAAGCCAGCAUUGUAUCUGAAGGCGCAAGGUUCGCCCGAUAUUCUACCGGCACUCAUUCAGCCCACCGCCAUAAACUAUACCCAGUCUAUUGUUCUACUGUCUAUAUUGACACGUAGCUCGUCACCAUGAAGAGCUAUAUCCCCCUUAUCGCCCUCGCGGCCGGCGUAGAGGCCACUUUCAAGAAGGCUCCUGCUUUCACCUGCCCCGAGAACAUCGACAACAAGUGUACCCCCAAGCAGCAAUCCGGCUUCGACUGGGCUGAUCUCAUUCCUGGUCCGUUCGCCAACUACGGAGACUUCACCUUCAAGGGCUUCGAGUGCGGCAGUGACGGAAACAAGGGUCGUUUCGACUCUCGCCCCGGCAGCGGCAAGUUCAUUGGUGCCCGAGUUCGACUGUGA